UGAAGCAAUGUUUCUUGAGGUAUCAGAGAACGUUCAUAAUCGUUGCCGAAGCAACUGAACUGGGCUUUCAGAAACAACUGCGAAGAAGAAGAUGGCAGCGGUGGUUCGGCCGCAUAUACUGCACUCUUCUCCAAUGCUUAGACCCUCCUUGCUCCUUCGAAAGCUGCCUUGCUCUGUCUCUCAUUACUCCUCUCCAAGUACUCUCUCUCGCAAAAUCUCCACCACUCGUCGCUUCUGCUUCAACUCCGAAUCUGUUCCUGAGAGUUCGUCGCCAGGGAGUGAAUCAGGCGCCUCCAUAGUUGGUGAUCUUCUCGAUUAUUUAAACGAGUCAUGGACACAAUUCCAUGCUACGGCUGAAGCAAAAAGAAAGUUAAUUGCUGCUGGUUUCCAUCUGCUAAAUGAGAAUGAAGAAUGGGACCUAAAGCCUGGUGGACGCUACUUUUUCACACGAAAUAUGUCUUGUGUGGUUGCUUUUGCUGUUGGUGAAAAAUAUAGCGUUGGCAAUGGUUUUCAUAUCAUAGCUGCACACACAGACAGCCCAUGUCUAAAAUUGAAACCAAAAUCAGCAUCAUCCAAAUCAGGCUAUCUGAUGGUCAAUGUGCAGACAUAUGGGGGUGGAUUAUGGCAUACAUGGUUUGAUAGAGAUUUGAGUGUCGCUGGAAGAGUCAUUGUGAGAAGCAGCGGCAACACUUAUUUGCACAAGCUUGUUAAAGUUAAGAGACCUCUUCUACGCAUACCAACACUUGCCAUUCAUCUUGACCGCACAGUGAACAAGGAUGGUUUUAAACCAAAUCUAGAAACUCACUUGCUACCAUUACUCUCAAUGAGACCUGAGGAAACUUCUGAUUUGAAAGAGAAGACUGCAAAAUCCAAGGCUGCUCAUCAUUCACUGCUCAUGGAGGUUUUGUCAGAUGAGUUGAAUUGUCAGCCUGAUGACAUAGUUAGUGUUGAACUGAAUGUUUGUGACACUCAGCCUAGCUGCCUUGGGGGUGGAAACAAUGAAUUUAUAUUUUCUGGAAGAUUAGAUAAUCUUGCUUCAAGUUUUUGUGCAUUGAGGGCACUUAUUGAUUCAUGUGAAUCUCCUGGUGAUUUAACCAACGAGCACGCAGUACGAAUGGUUGCUUUGUUUGACAAUGAGGAGGUGGGUUCAGGUUCUGUCCAAGGAGCUGGUGCGCCAACCAUGUUUCAAGCCAUCAGACGCAUUGUAAGCAGCUUAACUGAUAGCUAUGUCGGGGAAGGCUCUUUUGAGCGCAGCAUUCGCCAAUCAUUUCUCGUGUCUGCAGACAUGGCCCAUGGAGUUCACCCAAAUUUUACUGAAAAGCAUGAAGAACAUCAUCGACCUGAAUUGCAAAAAGGACUUGUCAUCAAGCACAAUGCAAACCAGCGCUAUGCUACCAGUGGAAUAACAUCUUUUCUUUUUAAGGAAGUCGGAAAAAUCCAUAACCUUCCAACUCAGGAAUUUGUGGUUAGAAAUGAUAUGGGAUGUGGAUCGACCAUAGGUCCCAUACUUGCAUCUGGGGUUGGCAUCCGAACUGUUGAUUGUGGAAUUGGUCAACUCUCAAUGCACAGUGUGAGAGAAAUAUGUGGAACGAAAGAUGUAGACAUAGCUUACCAGCAUUUCAAGGCGUUCUAUAAAUCUUUUUCAAGCAUAGACAAGAAGAUCAGUGUGGAUUUCUGAGCUUGUUGGUUCUUGUUGGUAACAUGACAUAGCCUCUCAAGGCAUUCAACAAAACCCUUUCAAGCAUAAACAAGAAGAUCUGUGCGAAUUUCUGAGCUUCCUGAUCUCUUUGGUACCAUGACAUUAUCAUGAAAGAGUUCCGCUUCACUUCUGAGCUCAUAAGGUGCGCAGUCCUUAGCUCCAUUGACCCAUCCCCCAACAUUGCUCUAAAUUAAAUUUUUUAUAUGGUAAGUUGGGGAUAAGAACUUGCUUCAAGGUAAAAAAUUUUAUGCAUCUAAAUCGGUUUGGAGCUCGUUGUGAAUCAGAACUAAGCUUUUUUUUUCCGUUCCUUCCCAUUUUUUUCCUUUUUUUUUUUUUUGUUCUAAAUUUGAUUGGACUUCAUGAUCUCUGCUUAAUUCUUGACAAUAAAGCUUUAUUUGCAUUCUUGAAGCAUUUGUAUUGUCUUGUUUAUCUAUUAUCUA